AACAUAGAGCAUUAUCAUGUGGACCUGCGGCUGGAUCCCUUUGGCUUUACAGAGUUUUAUAGUGAGUUCCAGCUCAUUAUUCAGCUCGUCUGGUCAACAGCUUCACUGUCACCAACCUCAUACAUUUUAUUUCACCAGGAUCUCGCCAGUGCCAGUUGAGAACCGAACGUUACAUAGUCCACACUCCUUAUCAGUGUGGACUAAUCUAAUGAACCAAUUUGCUGUUUGCCGACCGCAAAACCUCCAAAGGAACCAAUGUUUUACCAUGAUUAACCGUAAUCAUUAAAUAAUACACGUUUUUCUACUGUACAGCUUCUAAUUUGAUCAUCAGUCGCCAAAAGUCAGUCGCCUUUUCAAGCUGACUCGUACAAGCCUGUGAGAUGUGAAAUGAGAGUAAGGAAUUAGACAGCUGAUAUAAAAUUGUAAGAAUUACUGACACAAAGGUUAAUGCCCUCGUCCCAUUAACAAGUCUAAUAUUGUCCACAGUUGCUCACUCAGUCAUUUACAGGCCAACAUCCCAAAGACACUUGAGAAGAUGGGAGCUAUGUAUAUGUACAAUAUCCUCACCUUACAAGCAAAGUUAAUGAAAAACCUUUUCCCAAUUAAAUACCUAAUAAAAAUACUUACAUUUUUGUGACAGUUCCAUCAAAACUAUUGAUAUUAAGGGGAAAUAAUUAGAAUAAAAGAGCUAAAUUCAAGGUUAAUUUAGUAGAAAGUGAGUCAGAGCUGACAUCUGUUCCUCUCAGGUGACAGUCGGCUCUACUGAGCAUGCUCCAUACACAGCCAGGUAACCUUAGCUACACACACUCGUAUACACAGUAGCUGCUAUACCACUGAAGCAACCAGUCAGUGAUGAAGCAGUGAGUUUAAAUCCCCUGACAACAGACAUCCCACAGAGCUACAGUUAAUUCAUAUGGAUUAAUAUGUGAGUGGAGUGUACCAUGUCCUCAGCAGGGGUGGUCAUUUGGGUUCUGAUCAACAGGUAAGCAGUUUAUAGUGGUUUUUAAAUGGUAUUGGACUCAGCCAUUAUUUGUGUAUUUUAGGAGGAUGUGUUUGAAUGACUAAAAUUAGGCAACUGAUAUAAAGAAAACCUAUGACAUUUAAAAAACAAUCUGUCACAAGUUUAGUGAUCCCUGGUGUAUGUAGACAUACUUAGAGAGAAGUUGUUCCUCAACUACGGUUACCAUGGAAACCAUGGCUGUGUAUGGGUGUGCACACUGCUGGGACUCAGAGCAACGUUUUUCAUUGCAUUGAAUGCACUGUUCCGAAUGCACAUGACUGAUAAUAGAGUUAAAGUUAUUGUUAAUCAGCUGUAUUGUUAUCUCCUACUGAAAUAAUAGAAUUUUCUCAUCACAAGCUAGUAUGGAGGGAGAAUUAUUCUACAGCUAACUUUCCUUUUUCCACUUGAGUCUUUGUUGAUUUGAUGCAUUAUUCAAAACAAACAUACAAUAAAAGGAAAACAAAACAUAAGCAAAAAAUCAAACAGGGAAAAACAAACAAAUAGAGAGGGUUUACAUUUGAACAUUUUACAGUUUCUAGUGUAAUUCGCCCUAAUCAGGAUUUUAUCCAAUCUUUUCUAUAGAUAAUAGUGUUAUGAUAGAGCUGAUGUCUCUAAACCUUAUCAUUUGUUCCCCGUUUUCUGGUAAAUGCAUCUUCUGUCACUCUUGAACAAUAAGUCAUAAUUUCCAUCACAUAUAUUUCCUGUACUAUAUCUAACCAUUGUCCAUGUCUGGGUUUGUUCCUAUCAAGCCAGUAUCAGGCUUCUUGCGGUGGCCUGUCUUCCAGCUGUGAGUAGAAUUUUGACCAGAUACUUAAUCUUCCUCCAGAACCAUCACUAUCAUUUAUAGGCAGCUAGUGAACAGUGUGUUUAUCAGAGCUUUUUGUCUGGGAGAGAUGAUUAUGAUUUUAUAUUGAGGGUUGAUGGGAACAUUGAGAUUCAACCGUAAACUCACGGAUGGAUAACUGAACAGGCAGACGAGGCAAGACACCUGGUUAUCACUUGCAAAAAAAACACAAACACACAGUACAAUAAAAAGAUGCACAAUGACCACUGACACUAUUAUUAUUAUUAUUGAAUAUUCACAUUAAAUCAAAUAAAGUGUGACGUUUUGGUUAGUGGUGCUAUCUGUACUAGGUUCACACAAAAUACACCCUACUUCCCUUUGAGGUGAAACUGCAAACAUGUCAGUAUAUAACACUGUCAUAGUCUGUCGUGGAAAACUUCUGCAGUUGCUCAUGUUCACUAAUCAGCCACACUAAUCUGUUAAUAAUAUGAAACCGUGCUGUUGUUUGGUAACUCAUAAUAUUUCAUCAGAGGGGAGGGCACACUACAGAGAAGUCUAUCGGAUGAAGAGCUUGAGCAGACACAUCGGCGUCAUGGCUGUCAUCCAUCAGUGUCCUCUGUGGAUGACCUGAGUCUCCUCUGAUGAUACCACACACACAUAUAUAUAUUCUCUCUCUUCACUUAAUUCAUUUAACUUGUUUUAAUGUCCCAGUAGAUGACGAUGGUGAUAAUGAUGAAGCUCUGCUGGGUUACAGCCCAAUGGAAGAGAUGCUACCUUAUCACCAUGUUACCUGUUCUCUGACACAAUAUCACCUGUGUUCUGCGGAUGUUGCUGCUGUCAGUAAUCAGAGCCCCGCAUGUGUCCCAUCAUGCUUUGCUUCCUCCGUGGUUUGGAGGAUACCAUCAUUGGCCACAGACUGGCUCAUAGAGCCUCAUAACAAUCAUAGGAUGGUAUGUGAUCGGGGUUACAACUGCAGCUGGCCAUCUGUGUCUCCUGCAACCAGGACAUCGCAGUGUGAUGUCACGGCCGUACACUCGAGACCUGGCCAUCGCUGCAGUUAUCUGCUUUAUUGGUGGAGUUGGCUUGACUCUGCUGGUAGUCCUGAUUUACUAUCAAGUGUCUCGCAAGAAGAAACUGAAAGAAAGUAAAAGACAGAAGGAGGAAGAGGAGGGAAGCACCUCAGGGAUCAGCAACCAUGUCAACCACGUGGAUGUUAGUGAGAAGAGGAGGGAUGUGUUCAUGCAAAGCAGUAGCGGUCAAACAUUGGACAGGAACGCCAUGAUGUUAGAAAACCAUGGUGGCCAAUUUUGGUCCGAAGGGGACGAAGAUGGAAGCCAUGUUAGGUGCCUGGACUGCACCAAAGGACAGAGGGGUGUGUGGCCAAAUCAGAUGAGAUGGAACAACGGGAUAAACAGAGAGGUGGAGGCAGAGGAGGAAAGAGAGAAGAGGAGAAUGAGGGCGAUGAUGACAGAGGAGGAGAGGAGAAAGCUUGGGACUCAGCAGGGAAUCCUGGGCAGGGACGUUCCUAACAAGCCUCUUUCUCUUGGCAACUCCAACUCUCUCUCUCAUCCAUGGAGAGAAACGUUCCACGAGAGGCCUGAGACCCUGACAGCUUAUAAAACAGACAGAAACAUGGACAUCCACAGGACUGGGGUGGAAAGUAGGAGUAAUGGAAAUGAGGCUUUACACUGCGAGAGCUGUCACAGGACCUACAGACCACCAGAGCACACGAUGAGACCGGGUAGGAUUCACAGCAGCAUGAGAGACUCUGCUCUAUUUGAUGGCCUCCCUCCACAACACAGAUUGAUGGACCAGUUUGACAUGAUGAAAAAUACAGAUUUCAGAAGAGAAUCAAGACAUGUAAUGUUUGAUCUGGAGCAAGGUGAAGACAGGAGGGAGAAGAGGGGGAGGACCUCCAGAGACAAAGAGAAAGGAAGAAAAAGGAGACAGAAAGUUAAAAACCAAUCCCCUGGAAAACUGAAGGUUAAACUAAACUUGAGCCCUCUACGAAAAAGCAAAGUCCAUCCAAAGAGGAAAAAUGAGCAAGGCCACUUGGACAAGAGCAGCUCCAAGAAAAGUAACGAGAAAAGACAGGAUGGAAAAGAAAAAGAAGGAGAAGAAGGGAAAUCAAAGUCGGGCAGGAAAACAAAAGGGAGCCGCGAGAAAGGGAAGAAAUCCACCAAGAGUACAGGCUUGUCUGAGGAGAAUACAAACCCUGCCCACCCCCAACCUGCUGAUAGCACCAGUACUGCCGACCAGUCAGCCUCUGCUGGUACCAUUGGACAGGGUCAAAACUUGCAGGGUGGGAGUAUUCAGUAUCAAGAAGCUGGAUUGCUUCUGAGAAAUGCUCAGCUUUCCACCCAGCACCCCUUUUCCCUAUCUGCUGCUGAUGGGAAUCGUACUGCCAACCUUUCACUACUGGGCUCAGCUGACUCACACCUGACUGGCAGCAGCCUCUCUGUUCAAGGAGGGAAUAUUCUACUGAACACCAUGGCCCCAGGAUCUAAUGCCCCGUUCCCCAAUGGACAAGCUAAUUCUGCUGCUCCAAUCCUUGGGCCAAGCUCAGCUUCCAGUGGCGUAAACAGGUUUAACAGGCAAACUGGGGUCGGCCUCAUGUCUCCAGCUACUGCUCUUCUGGCUAACUCUGUUCAUGCUAACACUUUGCAAGCAAGUGUCUUACAAUCCAUUCCUCUUCAGAACUCCCAAGCUGGAGGACUUUCCACAAACAUAAUAACAAAUCCAGUUAUACAUCCUGUGCCCAAACAGGCUCCAUCUCCGAGCCAGCUGCCUCCAGACAGUUCUCCUCUUGUAGCUGGACUACAGAACGAUCCAGCCCAGGGACCAGGCCCUCAGACUGUGGAAGGACAACAUCAACUGCCCCUGGAAACUCAAGCAGCCCAGUCCAAGGAGAGGCUCCCUGUCCAGGCUCAGGCAGCUCCAGGUACAGAUGGUUUGACUGGGGUAACCCCUCAGGCACCGGGAUCAGUGACCCCUGUGGAGCGUUUGUCAGACAAUAUUGGUCAGACAGGGACUGAGCAUGUACCUGGUGGGUCAACAGACAAAUUGUUAGCUGGGGGUGUCUGGAGACAGCACGGAGGCAGCUAAUGUGUCUGUAUCAGGUGUCUGUGUGCCUGGUUUAUCUACACAGAGUGGAUCCUCUACAGGCACUGAUGGAGCUGCUGCACUGCUGCAGCAGGAGUAUGUGUCAGAGGAGGGAGGCUCCUCCCCGAGGAGGAAGCUGAGGCUGGUGCUUCCUGAGAAGACAUCCAGCCGACCCCCCACUGCACUGGAGAGGAAAAUACGCUAACAUCUCACACCAUGUUACAAAUGAGUUGGGUAGAUAUAUUCAAUUCAGAAAAUAUCCAGAGCUGUUCACUCCGAAUUAAAAAAAAUCUUCAAUGCUCCCUGCAGGAUAAUUGCCCGACAGCAAACAGGUCAAUGUCUCUGCUGCAUUGGGAGCCCUGGUCUCUGAGCGUUAAAUGAGUGCUAAGGGAAGCGGAGACAAGAAGAAGUUAAAUAUAAUAACUGGUCAGUUGUGGCCACAGUCUCUGGGCUCAGGUUCAGACGCGGGUUCAGGAGGAAGUCUAGACAGGCCUGCAGGCUGAGCAGGAGAUCCACCUGGCGUUACUGACGAUCUGACCGAGACCAACCAGUCGUAUACUGCAGAGGUUGCUGACUGCUGAAUGCAGCUCUGAUGUGCAGGUGAGUUCGAAACUGUGACAUCACACUCAGUCAGUCCUACACGCGGACACAUACAUGGACCAGACAUGGACAUACAACACACAGGGGGACGACCGGGGAGAGAGACAAAAGGAAAGGGCAGGCAGCAGGUGGGUCCAACAAUGAGAAACUUCAGUUUUAGAUUUCUGUUUAAAUCUGUGUGAAGAUGAGCAAUUGUCAGUACAGUGUAC